GUCAACAGUAGUUUGUGCAUCCUGAGAAACGUAGGAUGCAUGUGGGUAUGAAGGUGGAAACAUGCACGAUGCUUCUCAUUGGAAACAAAGAAACAUAUAAUAAUAUAUAGCAAAAUUCAUCUAUCAAUUAAUAUUCAUUUCAGGUUUUGUUUUGACUUGAAAGAUAUCACAUUCUACCAUUCAAAUCAAAGGUUUUAUUGGGAAGAAGCUGGGAGGAUUCAAUCAGAAAGUCCAUCGAGACGAGCAAAGAUAAGAAGAGAAAUCACAAAAAAGGUUUUUGGAAAUCUUCUGCUUCACCAAUUUUUAUUCAAACCGAGACAAGCAGAGAUAAGAAAAUUCAUAAAAUAAGAAGCAUGUCGGAGGCCCUCCUCUUAUCAGUGAUAGAGAAGCUGGACAUUAAUUAUCGAGAGGACACGAAAGCAAAUGAGGAAAAGGAAAGGCUAAUUAAAGAGAUGAGAGAGAUUCUGGAUAUCAUGAGGGAUAAGAAAUUGGAAGAUGGGAGAAGCCUAAAUUGUUUAGUAUCUGACCUUGUCCAGAUGGCUGACGACGCCCUCCACCUCUACAGCAUGAACUGGUUGAGACCAUCUGAGUCCAUCCAUAGUUGGAUCGGAGAGAUCAAGAAGCAGAUGCUUAAACUGGGAGAUGAUGAGUCCAACAUCAGAUCAUCACAAAAUGUUGAAGAUGACAAAUAUGUGGUGGGCUUGGAGGAAGAUGUGGAAAUGCUGCUUCGCAGAAUGAUUGUUGGUGGGGGAUUUCCAAAGAAUGUUCUUAUCAAAGGGAUGUGUGGUAUUGGAAAGACAACUCUUGCCAGAGAGAUAUACAACCAUCCGACCGUCGUUGAGCGAUUUGAGCGCCGUGCUUGGGUAUCUAAUUCUACUCACUUCACUCUUAAAGAGCUACUUAUCAAACUCAUACAACAAGUAGUUCCUAAGAAUCUCCAUACAUCUUCUUUAUUGGAGAAUAUGGACAACCGAAGUCUCCGAGAUAUGCUUUGCCAACACCUGGAAGGAACGCGAUAUUUUAUAGUUCUCGAUGAUGUGCCCAAACAAAUGCACUUGAAGUCUUUCUUGGAAGCUCUUCCACAAGAAUACACUGGAAGUAGGUUGCUGGCCACAAGUCACACGACAAGUAUAAACAUAUAUGUACGCGACGAAGAUGUUCAUCAGAUGAAACCUUUGGAUCCUAAGAUGACCUGGCAAUUGUUUCUAAAAACAAUAAACCAUGGCAACAAAUUGACAGGUAAGCACAAAUUCCCAAUGAAGUUGGAGCAUAUGGGAAAACAAAUGUUGAGAAAAUGUGGCGGUCUGCCAUUAGCUAUAAAAGAGGUAGGAAAGCAAUUAGUGGAAAAGAAAGUCUCGGGGGGGAGUGAAUGGGAACAACUUCUUGAAUCAGUUGAUUUUGAUUCAACAUUGAAGUUAUUAGAACCAUUUUAUCAUAAGUUGGAUCCCAAACUACAGUCAUGCUUCUUUUCUAUGGCCUUCUAUAAGGAAAAUAUAACUCUGAGAGCAGAAAAGUUGACACAGAUUUGGAUGGCAGGAGGUGUAGUGGAUUCGGAAUAUGAAUGUAAACCAUAUUUAGAUGGUUUAGUUAAUGAAUCUGUUAUUGAUUGCACGGACAAGAGCAUGGAGUAUCACAUGAAUCCUCUGCUACACAUGUUAUCCAUCCAAAAAGCAGAGAAGGAAAUAGGUUUUGAGAUCCUAAGGAACAAUGGAAAUAAUCGAUCCUCUGAGAGUCCUCGUCAUCAUCGUGUUAUCAUUUGUUGCAGAGACAAGUUCAACUACUCCACGGAUCAAGAUAAACAUCUUGUUUCUCUCUUCUUCCAUGGAGGUGGCUACUUGGACGCCAGUCCAUCCUAUUGGAAGAGCUUUAAACCACGGCUUAGGAUACUUGACUUGGAAGAUUUCGGGUUGAAGAUUUUACCAGAGACUAUCGGCACAUUGAUGGAAUUAAGAUACUUGGGAUUGAGAAAUAAUUACAUACAAGAGCUCCCAGGCUCAUUGGGGUGCUUGGAAAACCUUGAGGUUCUUGACAUAGCUCAAAACUUUAUGGUGGAGGUUCCACAUAUUAUAUGGGAAUUGCAUAGCCUUCUCCACCUCUACAUGUCUGAUGUGAUUUGCCGCGAGCCUUUGAGGAUAGACACGCUAUGGAAUCUGGAGAGCUUAACCUACGUCUCGGUUGAUAAUUGUAAGCUCUCGGACUUUGAAAAGUUGAUUAGUCUUAAGAAAUUGGGCAUAGAAGAAUUGGAUGAAAACUCAGAUGUAAGCAAGCACUUCGCAUCAUUAGCUCAGUUGAAGAGCCUCGAACACCUAAUCUUAAGAGGGUAUCGUUUCAGAAGCAUGCCUUGUUUGGAUGAGCUUGCUAUUCUACACAGUCUCAAAACACUCAAAUUGGAUGGACUCCUUGCCAAGUUACCAAAUAAUCUCCCUCCAAAUAUUGAAUCAUUGACGUUGAUUAAUAGCUGUCUUGAUGAAGACCCCAUGCCACUACUAGGGAUGCUACCCGAGCUACGGUACCUCAAAUUGCGGAACGCAUACACUGGUCAACAAAUGGUGAACCUGCACGACAGCUUCCCUCGUCUCGUAGUCAUGUGCAUCGAGGAGUUGUGGAAUCUGAGAAAUAUACAAUGUGCAAAAUAUGCAAUGUAUGGGCUCGUGAAAUUAGAAAUCCAUGAUUGUCCACAUCUAGAUACCCUCCCGGAAGCGAUUGAGAGGAUGUAUGGGCUGAAGGAGUUAAAGAUGGUGACAACCAAAAGCAUUGCAGAAAAGAUCAGGAAGUCAGGUUUCAUCUCCAAAAUAAUGAUCGUGAAUAUCAAUCCAUGAGCUAGCGCAGUUGUCUUCAUUAUUGAUACGUACGUUUUGCUUG